AGAUCACGAGGGUUCAGGGUGCCAUUUGAAACAGGGCCUUUGUCUGAGGCUUUGGAUUACAGUGACGGUGCCCGUUGACUUGCAUAUUAUGAAUCACCAAGUGCCAUUGUUCAGCUCUUCUUUACCAUUCUACUGAAUAAAGAAAGUCACCUACAUCUUGGAUGGCCCUGGGACAAGUCUGAUCUGUUAAACUGAGCAUCGGCAUGGGAAAAUGAUCAUCUAUGACAUCACUGCAUUUCCUAAGGAGAAUCUGGUGAAGAGACCUCAAUCUCGGUCAGCGCGGCACAGAGACCUAACGGUGAAUCACUACAGAUGACGGGAGGAGCCAUAUGUAACCGUAUCAACCAGGAUUCAAAGCAGCUCAGCGUUUCUAACAAUUCUUCAGAUAUUAUUGUGUUUGAAUUAACACAAUAUCACUCGUUCAGCAUGACACUAAGAAGUAUUUCUGUACCCUGAUAAACUGCACGCGCCAGAGGUGUGGUGGUCAGAGAUGGAACACAUCAGAAUGCCAAAGGUAAAUGUCCAGCAUCCAUACAAUGAUACAAUCUUUCCCUUUUUCAUGACAUGUACCUCACAUCUCCAUGCAUUCCUUCCACAUGCUCAACAUUAGUAACUUGAAGUUUUAUUACUUGUAAAUAGAUUAAUUCAAUGGAUUCAAUACAGUCAAUGAGACCAAUGUGCAAGGAUAAAAAUACAAGGGCCUACAUGUGUUAUAGUUUAUUAGUUAUAAUUGAAAGAAAAUGACUCAAAAGCCAUAUUCAGUUUGAGAUUUUGCUAUUUGAUCGCAGAUAAUUAAAACAUGCACUGCAGUAUCAUUUCAAGCCACUAUAAUAUGUUUGUGAGAUGGUGCAUUAGUGCAUCACUAAUACAAAUGUUGUCUAAUUACCUUGGUUAUAUAUUACAGGUUGAAAAUGUCCGGUUAUUGGUCAGAAGUUCUUCUCGAAGAACUCAAGUGGGCACACUCUACCUAACAGCCACACACACUAUCUUUGUAGGGAAAGGUUCUGAGGACAGAAAUGAGCUGUGGGUUCUUCACAGUUUAGUGUGUAAUGUUGUAAAGCAUAAAGCAUCUCAGAGCGGAUACCCUUUAUUAAUCAUCUGCAAGAACUUUCAGGUCAUACAGUUUAUCAUUCCUCAAGAGAGCGACUGCCACGAUGUUUACAUUUCACUCUCACGUCUCUCCAGGCCAGAAAAAUAUGAGGAGUUGUAUUGUUUUUCCUUCAAUCCCAGUGUUGACAAAGCUGAAAGGGAGCACUCAUGGGACUUUUUAGAUCUGAAGGCUGAGUACAGUCGAAUGGGACUUCCAAAUAAGCUAUGGCAUGUCACCCCAAUCAACCGAGAGUACAGAGUGUGUGAUACUUACCCAGCUGACUUGUUUGUGCCUAAAUCCGUCACCCUACCUGUCAUCGUAGGAAGCUCGAAGUUUCGUAGCAGAGGUCGAUUUCCCACGUUGUCAUACUACUGCAAGGAAAACCAUACCACGAUAUGUCGCAGCAGUCAGCCUCUUUCUGGCUUCAGUGCUCGCUGCCUGGAGGACGAGCAAAUGCUGCAGGCCAUCAUGAAGUCUAAUCCUGGCAGCAGAUUCAUGUAUGUUGUGGACACAAGACCCAAGCUAAAUGCAAUGGCGAACCGAGCUGCGGGCAAAGGCUACGAAAAUGAGGACAACUACUGCAACAUUAAGUUCCAGUUCAUUGGCAUUGAAAACAUCCAUGUGAUGAGGAACAGUCAGCAGAAACUCAUAGAGGUUUCGGCACUGCGUUCUCCCUCCAUGGGAGAAUUUCUAACGGGGCUUGAAAAUUCAGACUGGUUGAGACACAUCAAAUCGAUCAUGGAGGCGGGACUCUUCAUAUCUAAGGCCGUGGCAGAGGAAGGGGUCAGCGUCUUGGUUCAUUGUUCUGAUGGCUGGGAUAGGACGGCUCAGGUGUGCUCUGUGGCCAGUGUGCUUCUGGAUCCUUACUACAGGACCCUCAAGGGGCUGAUGGUGCUGAUUGAGAAAGACUGGGUUUCUUUUGGACAUAUGUUUUCACACAGAUGCGGUCAUCUCAUUGGAGAGGCAAAGGAAGUGUCACCUGUCAUAGACCAGUUCCUGGAAUGUGUAUGGCAGCUUAUGGAACAGUUUCCCUGUGCUUUUGAGUACAAUGAGAAGUUUCUGAUCAGCAUCCACAACCACAUCUACUCCUGUCAUUAUGGCAACUUCAUUUGUAACAGCCAGAAGGAGAGGAAGGAUCUGUGUAUCAAAGAGAAAACUCAUUCCAUGUGGCUUCAUUUAUGGGAGAAGAAGCUGGAUUUCAUGAACCCUCUGUUCAAACCUGAUCAGAGCCAGAAUCAGGGACUUCUAAGGCCCAGUACUGCCCCCUACUGUUUUAAAUACUGGAGAAGACUGUAUAAUCGCUUUGAUCGUGAGUUGCACCCACGUCAGUCUGAGCUAGAUUGUCUGAUGACUGUAAAAGAGGAAACGCAACAACUUGAGGAAGAGCUGGCUCUCUAUGAGCAGAAAAUGGCUGUUCUGGAUAAGGAGCGUGCAAAAACCCUUUACAUGCAAAAGGGUGUAUUGGACAGCAAGCAGGCCCUUUGGUCGUUACCUUUAGAUACAAGCCUAGCCAAUACUCCUCAGGAUUACAUAGGUGGUGCUCCCAAUGUUUUCACCUUACAACAAGGAGAGAGAGAAAGAGCAGAGCUUUGCCUGUUUGGAGACCAAACAAAAAGCUCUGAUGCUGACAAUAGUGACCAGGAGUCAGGAGUGGCAGAUUUCAGCUCCCAUUCUUCUGGUGAAGAGUCCUUGCCAAGUGAGGACAGCGUGAAGGAUCCUGACUCAGAUGAGACUGGCCCCAACAGAGCGUGAACAAAUACAACAGUUUGCAAGAAGAACAAGCUAUAGCAUCUACUGUAUGUGAGCAAGAUAGGAGUGUGGGUAUUUCAAAUUAUGCAAAGAUAUUGGACAAUGUGGACAUGUGUCUCAUGUGUCUGGCGUUACAGAAGCAUGUCUUUCUGUUUGAAUGUGUAAUACAGAUGUACAACCUAUAUAGAGUUAUGUUUUAUUCUAGUAUAUAGUUAUAAUUUCUCAUUAGCAUGAAUUCUUUCAAGCAUUAAAUACUUGUGUGCAAUAAACGAUCUGAUCUUAAUUUUUUGCACACUAACAUGAAUGCAUGAAAAUUCAGUUUGUUGUGAAAUUAAUGAUAUGUACAUUUCUUCAGGUGUGCUUUAGAAGUAACGUUUACUUAUUUAAAGCUAUUUAUUACUUAGCAGAUUUGGUUGGUCCUUGGAUAGUUUGGAUAGUGUACAACUUCUAAAACUAUAAUUUUGGUGCAUAUUGUAUAAGUUGUGCACUUUAAACUGAGCCUGGCACAUGCACGGAACCAAAAGAAACCAGACCAAAUACAAUAUUUUCCAUUUAAUGCAGCAAAAAGAAUAUAAUGCUAAUAAAAUACUCAUGUAUACAUUUAGGAAAUUAAUGUUCUCUUAAAUGAUUUUGAAGGAAUAAUGGAGACAAUUCUCAGAUUUAGGUCAGUUUAGAUCCAUAUUGAAGGUUUGCU